UGAAGGAGUCCUUGGUUGCACCCACUGCCAUAGGAUAGAUUGUCAAAAAAAGGGACGCAAGUCAAAAUGCAGAGUUGGAGCCAUUUAUAUCGUUCUGUAGCAAAGGGGGGGCCUCGCCUUCCAGGCAAACUCCAUGGUGCGUCGAUCUUAUCGGUGAGAAAAUAUGCCGACAAAGCGCAAAUCGAUGCUGACGUCACAGUGGUAGGAUCCGGUCCUGGAGGGUAUGUAGCCGCCAUCAAAGCAGCCCAGCUCGGGUUUAAGACAGUAUGUGUGGAAAAGAACGACACUCUGGGGGGCACCUGCUUGAAUGUUGGUUGCAUCCCUUCAAAGGCUUUGCUGAACAACUCUUACCUGUAUCAUCUGGCACAUGGGAAGGAUUUUGAAAACAGAGGGAUUGAGAUCUCAGGAAUCAAGCUAAACCUGGAGAAGAUGAUGGCGCAGAAGAGCGGGGCGGUCAAGGCUCUGACUGGAGGCAUCGCACACUUAUUCAAGCAGAACAAGGUGACGCAUGUUAACGGCUUUGGGAAGAUUACAGGGAAAAACGAGGUCACAGCAACAGUCAGUGAUGGCAGCCAGCAGGUCAUCAACACCAAGAACAUCCUAAUCGCUACCGGGUCAGAGGUCACACCCUUCCCAGGGAUUCCGAUUGAUGAGGAGAGCGUAGUGUCCUCUACCGGGGCACUCUCCCUGAAGAAGGUUCCAGAACAACUGAUUGUGAUUGGCGCUGGAGUCAUCGGUGUGGAGCUGGGCUCAGUGUGGCAGCGUCUGGGCUCCAAAGUCACAGCGGUGGAGUUCCUGGGCCAUGUCGGUGGGAUGGGCAUCGACAUGGAGAUCUCAAAAAACUUCCAGCGCAUCCUUCAGAAGCAGGGAAUGAAGUUCAAGCUGGGCACCAAAGUCAUGGGCGCCAUCAAGAGGCCGGAUGGACUCAUUGACGUGGCUGUGGAGGCGGCGGCGGGGGGAAAGAACGAGACGCUCACCUGUGACGUGCUGCUAGUGUGCAUCGGCCGGCGACCCUUCACCCAGAACCUGGGCCUGGAGACCGUGGGCAUCGAGCUGGACAGCCGGGGCAGAAUCCCCAUUAACAACCGCUUCCAGACCAAAGUGCCCAGCAUCUACGCCAUCGGGGACGUGGUGGCGGGGCCCAUGCUGGCCCACAAGGCGGAGGACGAGGGCAUCAUCUGCGUGGAGGGCAUGGCGGGCGGCGCCGUCCACAUCGACUACAACUGCGUCCCCUCCGUCAUCUACACCCACCCCGAGGUGGCCUGGGUGGGCAAGAACGAGGAGCAGCUGAAGGAGGAGGGCAUCCCUUACAAAGUUGGGAAGUUCCCCUUCGCCGCCAACAGCCGAGCGAAGACGAACGCGGACACAGACGGUCUGGUGAAGAUCCUGAGUCACAAGGAGACAGACAAGAUGCUGGGAGCUCACAUCCUGGGAUCUGGCGCGGGAGAAAUGAUCAACGAGGCAGCGCUGGCCAUGGAGUACGGGGCGUCGUGCGAGGACGUAGCCCGCGUGUGCCACGCCCAUCCUACUGUGUCGGAGGCCUUCCGGGAAGCCAACCUCGCUGCCUCAUUCGGAAAAGCAAUAAACUUCUAGAACGUGACAGCCCUGCACUUCCUGCCUUCGGAACUGUACUUCCUAAAUGCACAUUCUGGAGUACGGACCCUGUUCACAUUCUGGGGGACACAGCAGGAAGGACGCUGAACAACCUUGUUGUCUUGUACCAUAGUUAGUAGGUUAUUUAAGUGUUCUGAAUAAAGUGUCUUGGGUUCGAAGUGUGGACUGACUUGAAGAUCGGUAUUCAUUUUCUGAUGUCAGGGAAUCCUUCUUCCUGCGGCUCACUGUGUUGAUGGUUGAGUACGCGCUUGUUCAGCACAGCGCCAACUGCAGGAAGAUGGUGGCAGCAGUGAAUUUAUGCAGCUGCACAGGCCUUCUGUGGGAAGCAAGUGGCAAUGCUCUGUUCUCUUUGGGGCUCUGCUGAUGCCCUUGGUCAAAGCACUUACCCUGAAUGGCUUCUCAAAGUGUCCUAUUGUAUAAAUGGAUGAUGUGUACAGUGUAAUAUACUGUAUGUAAGCCAGUCUGCAUAAGGACAUCCACAAUAAAAAACAAGCAGCACUUUCAAAACAUAACUUAGUUAAGCCUCGUCACCCAUCAGCAUUGGAGCUACUGUUGAGUUUGUGGAGUUUCCUGAUGUGUGUGCAUACCUUAAACGAUAUAUAUCAAUGGAGAUCCUUUUAUGCAAAGGGAAUCCAUAAAGUCUGUACUUUUCUCUCGACAACAGAGAGAUCUUGCACAGUAAUUUUCUACUGAGACAUGCCAAGGACUCAUUGUUAUGUGAGAGUAAAGGACUCUUACUCUGGUGCAAGUGAGAAAUGCCAAAGCAACAGUGGGUGGCUUUAUUACUGUCUGUUGUGUUUCACCUCAAUGGUUCACAAUCCAUACUUAAACUGUUGUUGUUAUGGAAAUAAACGUUCUAGAUUGCAACAAGAUGGAACUUUGGUUUGUGGUGUUACUUAUGCAAGUCUUAUUAGACUCUGUAAUAACUGAUUGAUUGAUUGCAGGGGUCUCUUGUCUUUAACUAAAUUUGUGUGCUUUUCAGUCAACCAGCACAGAGCCAUCUAUCUUCUCCAUCUUCUGUGAAUUUGGAUA